AUGGGUGCGCGGCUCUGCUUGGCCUGGAGCUGCUGCGCUCUGGCGUUGUUGGGUGGUGGUGGCGUAGGGUUCGUCCGGGCAGACGACUCGCUCAACUCCGCCGUGGCAGAGGCGUUCGUGUUUUCGGGGGCCCAGCUUACGGUGCUGACGGGAGAUGUCCUUACGGAGGAGGGGGUGUUCACGGACUACACCGAAACGGACGGGCUGUGGAGGACCGAGAAGGACAAUGGGAACAGCAUCGACCAGACGGUGUGGACCAGCGGCAUGGUGGCUGGCAUGUUCUGGUACCAGUACGAGGCCACGGGCGACGAGGCAAUGAAGACCGCGGCGGAGUUUUACUGCUCGGGUCUCGAGGGGCUGGAGAGCGAGGAGGACAACGACACCGGGUUCCAGAUAUUGAACUCUUUCGGCCUCGGCUACCGGCUGACCGGCUCGGACGACUACCUGCAGAGGGUCCUCACUGGGGCGGAAGCUCUCCACGAUUUCCGAUGGGACGGCAACAUCCCUGCGUACUGGUCGUGGGAAAACCCGACCAAAAGGCCUGACUGGGACCGCGCCGUGAACGUGGACAUGAUGAUGAACUUGGAGAUCCUGCUCUGGGCGGGGCUAAACGGCGGGGAGGACCACGAGUUGGAAGUGGAAGGCCACGCGGACUCGACCUGGAAGGACAUCGUCCGAGAGGACAACAGCACCAACCACGUGGCGGCCUACGACAUCGACACGGGGGAGUUCAUAGAGACAGGAACUUACCAGGGCUACACCAACUCGUCGACGUGGACAAGGGGACAGGCAUGGGCCAUUUACGGUUACGCGAUGGUCUACAGGUUCCUCCCGGAACAGCGGUUCCUGGACAGAUCAAUCGGGCUUCUCAAGUACUAUGAGGACAACCUUCCGGAGGACCUUAUCCCCCCCGCCGACUUCGAUGCGCCCGAAUCGGCCACCGACAACGGAAAGGACAGCUCCGCCGCGGCCAUUGUGUCGUCCGGCCUGCUCGAGCUGUUCCUGGAAACCGGCCGCCGCGGUAUGUGUGUGUUACAUCUACACGGCCGUGACCCUUUUCGGUCCGCACGCUCGUAA